CUGGGCAUAAGCACAGAAUGUGCCUUCCUUCUCCCGCAGAAGCAAAGGCGAAUGCAAUCUUCCCACUCCGUCAUCUGCUCCGCAAUUCACUCUUUGCAUUCGAUUCCUUCAAAAGCUUGCUUUUUUAACUCAAACGCAUACUUCAAUCCCCACUUCCCAUUAGACAAUUCCAAAACAGUGUCUUGCGGUGAAGAAAACAUUCUCGAACCUGAAGCUCAGAAGUAUGUGUAUUCGGUGUGGGCUCAACCAACGGAAGAUGUGCGGGAUAGGAUGAAGAAGCUGAUGAGCGGCCUCCGAUCGGAGUUCGGUGGGCCUGAGUUUGAACCCCACAUAACAGUCGUAGGCGCGAUCAGACUGACUGCCGAUGACGCUCUCAAGAAGUUCCGGUCCGCGUGUGAAAGCCUCAAGGCUUAUAAUGCCACCGUUGAUCGUGUGGCUACAGGGACUUUCUUUUAUCAGUGUGUUUACCUUCUGAUUCAUCCCACCCCUGAGGUAGUGGAAACUAGCGAUCACUGCGUCAGUCAUUUUGGUUACAAUAGAUCAUCUCCUUACAUGCCACACCUGAGCCUUCUGUAUGGAGAUUUAACUGAUGAGGAGAAGAAAAGGGCUCAAGAAAGAGCCAAUGCUCUUGAUGACGUCAGCGGGUUGAGCUUUCAAAUAAGUCGCCUUGCAUUAUACAAGACAGACACUGAAGACAAAACUCUGAAAUCCUGGGAGAAAAUUACUGAUUGUGUUCUUAGUCCAAGUUAGCUUUGCUUAUUAUGACCUAUUUUGAUGAUAUCUGUUGAGGAUUUGCUUGUGACUUAAAUUUGACUCAAUCCACAGUCUCAUGAACCAUAUUAGGUCCCUGUUA